AUGACCAGGGAGGAGUCUCCUUCAAUGCAAACUUUCGUCACAAGUUUAUACAUGUCGAUACAUGUAGAGGUCUGUUUAGAAGUAGACCGAAUAGACCGGUCAGUUUGCUAUGAACCGAACCGUUUAAAGAAAGUUUCAGUUCGUUACUCCCCCGAAGACUCUAGUCACUUUACAGUUGACACUUCUGUGAAUUCGACUCCUUCGACUUGGGAGUUGGGAUAUGGGAAGGUGAAGAUGUUGUCACAACCCCAAAACCCACCUUUGAAUCCCAAAAUGCCUAAACGCUCUGACACCUCAGACGAAGAAACCUCGAGCUCAGGCUCAGAGUACGAGAAGCAGAGGCAAGCGAGAAUUGCACAGAACAGGGCAAGCCAGGCUCUGGGUCUUCCCCAAAUGGCCUCCUCUCUAAAGGGUUCGGCCCAGAAUGCGGCGAAGAGGAGCAGGAAGGGGAAAGCGGUCUUGGAGGAGGACGAUGAUGAGGAGUAUAGGCCUGAAGAGGAGGGGGCUGGUUCUUCUAGUGAAAAGGAGGCUAAUGAUGAUGAUGAUUUUGAGGAUGAAGAGUUGUCUGGUUCACGUAAGAGAAAGAAUAAAGUUGCAAAACGUAAAAAUGCUUGUUCGAAGAGUAGUUCAAGCAACUCAGACUACCUUGAUGAUGAUGAAGCAUUGAAGCAAGCAAUUGCUCUUUCAUUACAAGAUUCUGCUGUGACAGGUGUGUCAAAAGCUAAGGUUAAUGAUAGACAAGGAGAGAAUCAAAUUCAGAAAGAUACAGGGAGGACGAGGAAAAACUCGUUUACUAGUCGGCUGCAGAUGACAGAGGAUGAGUUGGUUUUGCACUUCUAUCAGCUUGAUGAAAGCUGCAAUGGGGGAAUUUCUGCUGGAGACCUUGAAAAAGCAGAUAUUGUUCACGAUUUUACUUGGACUGGUAAGGAGGUGGCUGACAUGAUUCAUCUCUUUGAUAGUGAUGGAGAUGCAAAGCUAAGUCUUGAAGAUUUUCGGAAGAUUGUUGUCCGUUGCAACAUGAUAAAAGCACCUGAAAAUGUAUGAUUGGUUCAUAUAGAGCUGAUGCAGCCAUGGAGUAUAGCUGUACAGGGCAUGUGACCUUUCCCCAAUUCCAAGAUGACUUUGAGUUGAGAUUUUGGACUCCAACUAAGGAUCUUGAGAGAAUUAAUAUGUACAAGUCACCUAUAUGUAAAGACAGAAAGCAAAAGAUGUGUAUGAACUCGAGUUGUAAAAAGUCUACUCAGUUAAUUUUCUGAGCA